CCCCAUUACACAUCAAGUAAACCAUGGAACGUUGGCAAGACAAAGUCGCUGUCGUUACAGGAGCCAGUUCCGGCAUAGGCGCCGAAAUCUCCAAACUCUUAGUCCAAAAAGGCGUUAAGGUCGUAGGACUUGCCCGUCGCGUCGAACGCGUCGAAGACCUCGCUUGCAAACUUGCCGAUCAACCGGGUGAACUUUUCGCUAUUUCGUGUGACGUCACGAAGGAAGAAAACAUACAAGAGGCCUUUAAAUGGGUGAGCGAAAAUGUCGGGCCGGUGCAUAUUUUGAUCAACAACGCUGGUUUGACGAAACCCACUAACUUGACUGAUGGCUGCACCGAGCUAUGGCGACAAGUUUUUGAAGUUAAUGUGAUGGCGCUGUGUAUUUGUACGCGGGAAGCUAUUAGCAUUAUGAAAGAGAACGAUGUAGAUGGUCACGUGAUCCAUUUGAAUUCGAUUGCGGGCCAUCAAGUGCCCAAUGUGCCCAAUUUUAACGUAUACCCAGCAUCGAAGUUUGCAGUUACAGCCCUGGCGCAGUCGCUAAGGCAAGAGUUGGCUAGGGAGAAAAGCCGGAUUAAGGUUACAAGCAUUAGUCCUGGCCUAGUCCGGACAGAAUUUCAAGAAGGUGUCGCUGAUGACGGAACUCGAGAAAUCUUAGCUGAAAUGCCAGCCUUGACCCCGGAAGCCAUUGCUGAUGCCGUUGUAUACGUUUUAUCCACUGAUCCUUCAGUUCAGGUUAGCGAACUCACCAUACGCCCUGUGGGAGAUAUGUUUUAAGUACCUAAAUACUUGGCUGUGGUCAAUCGCGUGUGCGUUUGUGUG